AUGCUGACAAAACGGACAGUUUGUGUGAAAUCUGUGGCCAAAUGUGUCCACAACUUGACGUUCACUCGACUCAUGGCGCGGGCCAUACCUCGAGGACAGGACCCACAAGAGGUGGAAGCGAUGCCUGUCUUUCAGUACACGGCUUCAGACCGACUGUCGUCCAAACGACACAAACAGCUGUACUUCUGGGGGUAUUCAGGGGGCGGGGCUUUGGGGCGGUUGGGGCUCAUCCAACGCGUCCAAUUCAAGGGUCGCCCCCCUCUGCCACCCGUCGAGACCCGGAGCGCACCCAUGAAGUCAGACUUCGUCGACCUCCACACCAACGUCGUCGACGUGUCCGCCGGCUUCGGGUUUACGGUGAUCGCAGCCGUCGCCAAAGACUCGUCCCAUCGGCUCUUCGGUUGUGGUAUUAAUACAGACUCACAGUUAGGCUAUCAGUCGCCUCCCGGUCCCAAAGGCGAGCCAUUGAUGUGUCUCUUCAAACCGGUUCCCAUCAGACUUCCCAUCAGUGAAAAGGAUAGAGUGGUUCGCGUCUCAUGCGGUCGAUCGCACACCAUAUGUGUGACCAGUUCUUCACAAAUCUUCAGUUUAGGGAACAACUCGUUCGGACAGUGCGGACGACCCAUAGUUGACAACGAGGUAUACUUCCCGUCACAACGUAUUCACCAAAUUCAAGAGAUUGACGACAAAGUGAUCGAUGUAGUCUGUGGUCAGGAUCACACCCUAUUCCUCACCGAAAAGGGAAGCGUCUAUUCGUGCGGUUGGGGCGCCGACGGACAGACAGGGUUAGGACACUAUCGCAAUGAGGGUAUACCCAUCAAAGUGAAGGGCGAUAUUGAAGGCGAAAAGAUUAUACAGCUGUCGAGUGCCGCCGACUCUGUGCUCGCGUUAAAUGACAAAGGGGAUGUGUUUUGUUGGGGUAACUCUGAAUACUCACAGUUUCAGACCAUUACCAGUGAAAGACAACUAAAUGUUCCCAAAAAUAUUAAAUUCAAUAAUAUUAAGGGAAAAGUGGUUAAUGUAUGCGCCGGUGGCUCUGUGUGCGCUCUCGUCAAUGAUUUAGGAAAUGUGUACGUUUGGGGGUUUGGUAUCCUGGGAAUGGGUCCCAAAGUGCAACAGUUAAAGACACCGACAAUGCUUCCGAUGCCACUGUUUGGUGCGAAUGAGUUCAACCCAAACGUGAAAGUAGUGAAAGUUGAGGCCUCUUUCAGCCAUUUGGCAGCCAUUACCAAUAAGGGCGACCUUUUCAUGUGGGGUAAAAAUACUAAGGGAUGCUUAGGUCUGGGCCACUACGCCGACCAGUAUUUCCCAUUUAGAGUAUGCGUUCCCACAGUAGUCCGCAAAGUGAGUCUCGGAAUAGACCACACGGAUAUGUACGGGAACUACACUAUGGAUGUGAUCGCCACGUGUGCCUUUGCCACGAAGACCAAUGCUCACAACGAUUUGGACAUUUUGCCCACAUUUUUGGUGAAAAGAAUUUUCGGCGGAAAUAAGGAUAAAACUGGAGUCGAGUUCUUCUUAGAGACCACCCGUCAGAUCAUUUCUACCAGACGUCAGAGUAAACAAAAGUAUAAUGAUUUCAUUCAACUGCUUAUGGAUGUCGAGAAGGACGGAGACAUCACUAGAGAUGAGGCAGAUAUACAUGAAUCACAUCAUGUAAACGAAGGAGAGGAAGAGUUGGAAAGUGAGAAGAAGGCUUUGAAUGUGAAUUUGGUUAACAAACAGUUGACUGAAUAUGAAAUCCUGGCGCAGGCUAUCGUCUUCUUUUUAGCCGGGUAUGAGACGACGGCCACUACUCUGACGUUCUGUACGUAUGAGUUGGCUCUCAAUCAAGAUAUUCAG